ACAAACUGUCUGCCCAUGUCUUUCCCUGUACAGUGAGGUGGACUCCGCGGGUCUUCAACCGCUCCUCUCGCACUGUCUUUUAAGAAAGUAGUGGAAGUCAUUGUUAAGAGUGGUCGUCUUAUUUGUGUUUUGUUUCAAUAGUCACUUUCAGUGCGGGUCCAGCAGACUCCAGAGGGAGGUUGAGUUCAUACAGAAAACUGCUGUCACGCGGAAUAAUUACACUGCCGUUGCGGACUGUAGAGAUAUUUGGAUUACUACACGCGUACUAUUCCUGUUACCUGUUUCAUUCCACUCAUUUAAUGACUCUUCGGACCUUCUCAUCUAGAUGAACAGAAAUACUGUGGGACUUCUUUUGUAGCAGAUGCCUAGCGCCAUAUGCCCCUGCCCCAGCAGUGUUGAGCAGAGUCCCGUGGACCCCCAUGGCUCCCCCUGUUGAGGGAACACCCCUGGCCCGCUGCCUAGUCCUGCUGCCCAGCCUGCUUCUGCUGUUGCCUAGAGGAGUGCCCUGCCGGGGGACCACAGGGGCCCCUGAGUCCCCUUGCCACAAAGCUGAACACCCACUCAUCUCUCUCACAGAAAUCGAGCCAUGGAUCCAUCGGUUCAGAUCUGAGGGUACAGUCGAUUAUUCACAGCUCACCUUUGACCCCGGCCAGAACGAACUAAUCGUAGGUGCCAGAAAUCAUCUCUUCAGGCUACAUUUAGAGGGUCUUUCAUUGAUCCAGGAGGCAGAAUGGCAUUGUGAUGAGUUUACCAAAGGAGCCUGUUUCAGUCGGGGCAAAUCAGAGGAAGAGUGUCAGAAUUAUAUCCGUGUCCUGCUGGUCAAUGGAGACAGACUGUUUACCUGCGGAACAAAUGCAUUCACUCCCAUUUGCACUAAUCGAACGCUGACCAACCUAACCGAGAUCCACGAUCAAAUCAGUGGAAUGGCGAGGUGCCCCUAUAACCCUCUGCAUAAUUCUACCGCCCUCAUCACUUCCAGUGGUGAACUGUAUGCUGCCACAGCGAUGGACUUUUCCGGCAGGGACCCAGCAAUUUACCGCAGUCUGGGAGGACUCCCCCCUCUGCGCACUGCCCAGUACAACUCCAAAUGGCUCAAUGAGCCCAACUUCGUUUCCUCCUACGACAUCGGCAAUUUUACCUACUUCUUCUUCCGUGAGAAUGCGGUGGAGCAUGAUUGCGGCAGGACGGUGUUCUCUCGUGCCGCCCGGGUUUGUAAGAAUGACAUCGGCGGGCGUUUUCUGCUGGAGGACACCUGGACCACCUUCAUGAAGGCACGACUUAAUUGCUCACGACCAGGCGAAAUUCCAUUUGAGUACAACGAGCUGCAGAGAACCUUUUUCCUGCCUGAGCUGGAGCUUCUUUAUGGGAUCUUCACCACAAAUGUGAACAGCAUUGCCGCAUCAGCAGUGUGUGCCUUCAAUCUGAGUGCAAUUACCCAAGUGUUCAGUGGACCUUUCAAGUACCAGGAGAAUUCUCGCUCAGCAUGGCUGCCCUACCCCAAUCCCAACCCUGACUUCCAGUGUGGCACUAUAGAUUAUGGCUCCUAUGUAAACCUAACGGAGAGGAAUUUGCAAGAUGCUCAGAAAUUCAUUCUGAUGCACGAGGUGGUACAGCCUGUUGUUCCUGUGCCAUACUUCAUGGAGGACAAUGUGCGCUUCUCCCAUGUGGCUGUGGACGUAGUGCAGGGCAAAGACAUGCUCUACCACAUCAUUUAUCUAGCCACAGAUUACGGCACCAUUAAGAAGGUGCUCUCUCCGCUGAACCAGACCAAGGGCAGCUGUUUACUGGAUGAGAUUGAGCUCUUUCCCCCAAAAAAGCGGCAGCCAAUCCGCAGCCUCCUCAUACUUCACAGCCGCAGUGAGCUGUUUGUGGGUGUCAAGGAUCAGGUCAUCAAAAUCCCACUCAUGCGCUGCAACUUCCACAAGUCUAGAGAAGCCUGUGUUGGGGCCAGGGAUCCAUAUUGUGGCUGGGAUCUAAUGCUAAAGAAAUGCACCACCUUGGAAGAGAGCAUCAGCAUGAGCCAAUGGGAGCAGAGCAUUACAGAGUGUCCUGUGAGAAAUGUGAUUGUGGAUGGUCAUUUUGGUACCUGGUCAGGAUGGAAGGCUUGCAGUCAUAGCGAUGGGGGCAGUGUUGGCUCAUGCCAGUGUAGGACGCGAGCAUGUGACAGCCCGAGCCCUCAGUGUGGAGGACAACCUUGCCAAGGAAUAAGUGUUGAGGUGGCAAACUGCUCCAGGAAUGGGGCCUGGACGCCGUGGACAGCCUGGGCUCCCUGCAGCACCAGCUGUGGGAUCGGAUUCCAGGUUCGGCAGCGUUCCUGCAGCAACCCUACACCCUGCCACGGAGGACGCGUAUGUGUGGGCCAGAAUCGUGAGGAGAGAUACUGCAAUGAGCACCUUCCCUGCCCGCCGCAUGUCUAUUGGUCAGCAUGGUCUCCAUGGGAACGCUGCACCGUUCCGUGCGGUGGUGGGAUCCAGUCUCGGCGGCGAACAUGUGAAAAUGGAAAUGAAUGUCCUGGAUGCAGCAUAGAAUUCCAGUCCUGCAAUACCUUACCUUGUCCGGAUCUAAAGAAGACAACACCCUGGACACCAUGGACACCCGUGAAUAUCUCGGACAAUGGCGGUCAUUACGAGCAGCGGUUCAGGUACACCUGUAAGGCGCGUGUCCCAGAGCCCAGCCUGCUGGAGGUGGGGAGGCAGAGGAUUGAGAUGCGGUACUGCUCCAGUGAUGGUUCCACAGGAUGCUCCACCGAUGGAGAUUUGUUGCAUUCCAGCCGUGUCACAGGAAUGACAGUAAAUGGAGGCUGGUCUGCUUGGGGCCCUUGGAGCCAGUGUAGCCGGGACUGCAGCUCAGGUGUUCGGAGCCGCAAACGCACCUGUUCAAACCCCAAACCCAAAUAUGGAGGAAUCACCUGCCUCGGGCCAGCCCAGGAGUUCCAGGAGUGUAACACUACACCAUGUCCAGUGGAUGGGAGCUGGUCAUGCUGGUCACCUUGGUCCAAAUGCUCAGUGACAUGCGGAGGAGGCCACUACAUGCGCACACGCAGUUGUAACAACCCUCCACCUGCCUACGGAGGGGAUAUCUGCCUGGGCUUGCAUACUGAAGAGGUCCUCUGUAACAUCCAACCCUGCCCUGAGAGCUGGUCUGAUUGGUCCGAAUGGUCCCCCUGUGACUCGUCAGGGUCUCAGGUUCGCCUGCGGCACUGUGAUGUCCUGUUCCCCACUGGAAACCAGUGCUCUGGCAACAGCAGUGAAACUCGUGCCUGUCUGCCCAUCUCCAACUUCAUCCCAGAAACUUCUGUUGCACGGUCAAGUCAAGAAGAAAGAUUGUGUGGAGAGUUCAAUGUGUUCCACAUGAUCGCUGUGGGCCUGAGCAGCUCCAUACUGGGAUGUCUGGUGACCUUACUGGUGUACACUUACUGUCAGAGAUACCAGCAGCAAUCCCAUGAUGCCACAGUCAUCCAUCCUAUCUCUGUAGCCCCACUCAACACCAGCAUCACCAACCACAUCAACAAACUGGACAAGUAUGACUCAGUUGAAGCUAUUAAGGCUUUCAACAAGAAUAACUUGAUCCUGGAGGAAAGAAAUAAAUAUUUCAACCCUCAGCUAGCAGGAAAAACAUAUACCAAUGCCUACUUCACAGAUGUCAACACCUACGAUGACUUUUAAAAAUGGAUCUAUGUUUCCAGCCAUCUUCACCUUGGAAGGAUAUUUCCAUAUCAGCUGUAGCACCUAGUGAUUUUUAUCACCUUUUUUGCUUUGUGGUUUGCUCUGAUGAACAAAACACACUUUAUGUGGGACCAUUUUACCAUCAAAUACCUAUAAAUCUGUAUAGAAGCAUUUUUCAGAGUUAACAAAGACAUCAUCCAGUUGUGUGGACAUCACUGAAUUGACUUGAACUUGUCCAUGGUGGACAAAUAAAGCAGGCUUCAAAAAGAGGCGAUUCAGUUCAGCUAUAAACUUUGUGAUAGAAAUGGCACAUGGAUGCUUUGCAUGAUUUUCAUCUAAUAUGUAUUUUUUUUUUCUUUGUUGUUGCUUCAUUUAUUUGCAUGAUUGAUCGCAUUCCACUGUUUUUGUGGGUGGGGCCUAUACUGCCCUACAAAGGCAAAAGACCUUAACUCGCUAGAGUGUGGAACUGAGAAAAAUGACUUUAAAGUUUUUUAGUUGUCCAGCCAAAUGUAUUAUAGGUAGGCCACUGGAAAUCUGGCAAUUAGAUGUUUUAGUAAUGAAAUUUAUCUACAUAAAAAAAUCUUGAGCUCAAACUUUACUUUUGACCCCUAUUUUGAAGUUACUGUACUCUGCCUUUGUAUUGUCUGCAAAAAGUGAGAAUUCACGCCAAGGCAAAAGGCAGAAACUUCCACAUUAUCAAUAUUUUGUUGCUGAUCACCGUUCACAAAAUCAUUAUAUUAACACCUGUAUAAAAUCUAGUGAUCAUGGCAUUUAUUUUGGAUGAUUUACAAUUACUUAUAGCCAUGUACUUAUUGCUAUCCUGUGCUUUGGUUGUAUUCUGAUGGCAUUUUUAAUACAUUAGACAUGACACAUACCUCCAUAGCGGUAAAGAAUAUCUUCAAUUGGUGUGCAGCAAAACUAACAGGUUGACUGCAGAUAGGUGACACUUAAUUAUAUGAAUAAAUACAAGAUAAGCAUAUUUCUAAUGAGUAAACAUAAUAAUUUAAUUAAUAAUGGAAUGCAAAGAUAUAACAAAUCAUGUACAAAUUUAAAAUACAUGGGAUUGGAAUAAGAGGUAAUAAAUACAGCCACAGGCCUACAAGGUAGUGCCACAGCUGGUUAAUCAGGGUUUACAUUUAUGCAUUUGGCAGACACUUUUAUCCAAAGCAACUUACAGUGCACUCAUUACAGGGACAAUCCCCCUGGAGCAACCUGGAGUUAAGUGCCUUGCUCAAGGACACAAUGGUGGUGGCUGUGGGGAUUGAACCAGCAACCUUCUGAUUACAAGUUAUGUGCUUUAGCCCACUACACCACCACCACUUAAGGUUUAAGUUUGGCUACCAUGCUCCAAUGCACAGCUCUCUGACUGGUGGACUGAAUUGGCCAAUCUCAAAGGCUAUAAUAUAGAGUAAUGUGACUAUAUUAAUUGUCACCGACAUUUCCAUCAGUGACUAUAUUAAUUUCUGAAUCUGACCGUAACUGACAUCCAGACAAAAAGUUAUACAUGUGGUUGGAUACCGUUUUGAAACCAAUUUAUUUAUUGCAGUGUUCACUAACGUAAAAGGAUACAAGACAUAAGUUAGCCUAAGUGCUUUUACAUCGAAUUGAAUGAAAGUAGCCUAGCCUAAAAGAUCGACUUAUGGAUUGAUGUGAAAGCCAGCAAGUAGGAAUAAUGCUCAGAAAUCAGAAUGCUUGUGGAUAGUUGUGGAUUAAACAUCUGCGAUGACGUUCAUUGCCAUGGAUUUUAUCGGGUUACUAGAAAAGGUAGGACAGAUUUAAUUGCGAACUGUUACUACUGAUUUUAUGUGUGAUCAUGCUACAUGCUACGCUGUCAUGGCAUUCGAGUCCACACUCGUGCAACUAGUGGGCAGCCCCAGACUGUCACUGACACUGAUGUUGACAGCUGUCACUGACAGGCUGGCACUGACUGAAUAAUCUGCAUUAUGGAAAAAAAAAACUUUGAGAAUAUUUAUGAUUACUUAUUGCUGGCAAGUUAUCUAGUCUUUGCUUGUUUACAGUGCUUUGUUAUAUGGAUCAGUUUGGUAGCCUGUUCAUUGGAUAGCCGAGUAGCCUAUUUAUGCUAUAGGCUGCUAGCUAGCUAAAUGAAGUAGAUUGCGAUCUAUCUAUCUAAUUCGUUUGUCUAAUGCAUCUUUUGUGUUACACACUUUCUUACCUUGACCUUGAUGUCGUCGUUUCAAAGCCAUCUCAACCAUCAUUUUCCCUCGAGAGGCCAUCCUUAAACACUAUAGAAAAACACUCAACAAUAUUUGUUUACUAUACUUUUAUUCAGGUAUCAUGUGUGUCAGAUUGCUUCAAUGACAGAUGUAUGACAGUACACAGGCUACACCAUAAUUUAAACAUGGUAAACUUUAAUGUAAAAACAAAGGCAGAGUACAGUAACUCCAUGCCGGCACAGUAACUUCAUUUUGAUGCAUGGCUAAACAGUGGCAGAGUACCCUAACUCAAUUUGAGCAUUCCAAAACAAAGUCAAGGAGCGGUAAUUGGAGUUAUGGAGUUCUGCCUUGGUUUCUCCUGGGUUUUUGGAAGUUACUGUUAAGACAACCCAUUAUUUUCUCGAAAAAAUAACAAAAUUGAUACUUAUCCACAUGAUAAAGGAGGUCUUGAAUGUCUCAAAAAUAUCAAUAACUCAUUUUUGACCAAAAACGAAGUUAUGGCCUUUUGCCUUUGCACGGCAGAAUACGUCCUGAAUGGGUGGAGCCUUCCUGGACUGCUUUGCCUCUGUGCCGAAUCCGAAGCCCCCAUGCCACAAUGAGGACCUUCUGUGGUCCCCAGUGCAUUUGCCUGCCCUAAAAGAGGAUUUGCCACAACUCACUCAAUAUGUAGAUACCAAGGUCUCUAAAAAAAAAAAAAAGUUAAUGUGUCUAAAUAUGGGGCCCUUGUUAGUAAAGCUCUUAGCAGUGGUUAAAAUUUCUGUUUUUGUUGUACAAUAAACAUUUCAUGAAGCAUA